AUGUGGCCUACAUUAGUGGCUAAUAAGAUAUUCAAGAAGCGACUAGGAAGCAGCAAUUUUAUAGCAGAUUAUCCUAGCUGUAAAGAACCCUUGCUGGGUAUUGUAGACUUUGAUCAGAACUCACAAACCAUUCUUAAUGAUCACAAGGACACACAAAAAUGCAAGGUAUUUGUUAGUACAUGGAACGUAGGUGGGAUUGCACCAGAAGAAGAUUUGAAUAUAGAUGAUUUAUUGGAGACAUGCAACAACUCUUGUGACAUCUAUGUACUAGGGUUUCAAGAAAUAGUGCCUCUAAAACCAUCAAAUGUAUUGGGAUCAGAAAACAAUGAGAUUUCAAUGAAAUGGAAUUCCAUAAUCAGGGAAGCUCUGAACAAGAAAGCACAUGAGAGGGGCAAAGAUCACAGUGAUGCUAAAAAAGAGGAGCUACAGAAUAAUUGCCCCAAUAAGAAAGAAAAUCCAGCCAAGUACUGUGAAGCCCCACAUGAUUUCCAAUGUAUCAUUAGCAAGCAAAUGGUUGGAAUAUUCAUAUCUGUGUGGACUAGAAGACAUCUUAGUCCAUUCAUUCGGCAUCCAAGCGUGUCAUGUGUAGGCUGUGGCGUAAUGGGGUGUUUAGGAAACAAGGGUUCUGUAUCAGUGAGAUUUCAGUUACAUGAAACAAGCUUCUGCUUUGUGUGCAGCCAUCUAGCUUCAGGGGGCAGAGAAGGGGAUGAGAGAUACAGAAACUCUAAUGUUGCUGAAAUAUUUUCCAGGACAAGCUUUCCUAGAGGCCCUUUGCUUGAUUUGCCAAGAACCAUUCUUGAUCAUGAUCAUGUAAUAUUCCUUGGAGACUUAAAUUACAGAAUUUCUCUACCAGAAGAAACGACACGAUUGCUUGUUGAAAAAGGAGACUGGGAUUCCUUAUUAGAAAAUGAUCAGUUAAUUACAGAGCUAACGACUGGAAACAUGUUGAGAGGUUGGCACGAGGGAGCAAUUAAAUUUGCACCGACCUACAAAUAUUGUCCGAAUUCAGACAUUUACUAUGGAUGUUUCUAUCAAGGGAAAAAGGCAGAGAAGAAAAGAGCACCAGCAUGGUGCGAUCGAAUAGUAUGGUACGGAGAGGGUUUAAAGCAACUUCAGUACACUAGAAUUGAAUCAAAACUGUCAGAUCACAGACCUGUUAAGGCAAUGUUUACAGCAGAAAUCAGGGUUUUACCCGAGCUGAUGAAAAACUUGCAAAGCUUGUUCUUAUCAGAAAGAUUCGACCAAAUUAAAACACCCUUCGAAGUUUCUACAGCUGAUGAUUUUGUACGUAGAAAACGAUCAAGCUUCCGGUUGUGA